UCCUGAGGAUGAACUAGAUGGUAUAUCUAAAAAUUCAAUUUCUAUAAUGGAUGGGACAGAUGAAGGUAUAUUUUCUUGGUUCACUGUAAAUUUUCUACUGGAACGUUUUAACACACAUAAUCCUAGUAAUACAGUUGCUGCAUUAGAUCUCGGUGGAGGUUCAACACAAGUGACUUUUUCACCUAAUGCUAUGCAGCAGCAUGGACUAAUUGAAAAAAAACUCGGUGGACAUAUAUACUCUGUUAAUAUCUUCAAUCAUAACAUGAGUGUUUAUACGCAUAGCUACUUGGGUUUGGGUCUUAUGGCAGCAAGGAAGGAGAUUCUAACACAUGGAUUGAACUUGGAUAAUAUAAACCCAAAAAAUAAAAUAGAAGUACGAUCUGAAUGUAUAAAUCCCAUAGUUUCAACGGAAUGGAGUUAUGGCGGAUUUAAUUAUCUCGUUAAAGGACCUGUAAAUGGAACUCAUAAACUGGUAAAAAUACAAAACUUUGCUGGUGGAGAAGUAGAUAGGCCAAUUGUCAAUUUCUCAGAAUGUUUAAAAAUUAUUGAAAAAUAUGUUGGCAAAAUUAAAAAUAAACCAGAAGGCUUAAAAGAUCAUGAGAUCUACGCAUUUUCUUACUAUUUUGAUCGUGCUACCGAGGUAAGUCUUGUUGAUCCUUUUUCUGGUGGAAUUAUCCAAGUAAGUGCAUUUCUAAAACAAGCAAUGGAUGCUUGUGAUUAUCCAAAUACUGAGCAACCUUUCACUUGUCUCGAUUUAACAUUUAUUUAUAUUCUUCUUCGUGAUGGAUUUGGUCUGGAUCCUACUACAAAACUUUAUCUUUAUAAAAAGAUCAAUGGACAUGAAUUAAGUUGGGCUCUUGGGGCUGCAUUCAACAUUAUCCAAAAUGGCCUUUAACGCAUCCAAAAUAUAGGAAAAGGAAUUAUAAAUAUUUUUACACAAGAUUAAAAAAAUUUAAUAAAUUUUUUUAUCUAUGUAA